CUGGGGCUGACGUCAAGUUGUGGAAGGCGGGCAGCAGUCAAUUUGGGAGGUUUUGGUUUGUUGAGUGGUAGGGUGUAUUGGUUUCCUGCUACCGCGUGCAUUGCUGUUGUCUCUUGUAGCUAAGUACUCUGUCAUUAGCUAGCCUGAAGAGUGUGGAUAAAAAACGCUGGGUUUUCUUUACAUGAGCUCAUUCAUUUUGAUUCAUAAGUGUGGAUCGCAGUCAUGGUCUUAUACGAGUAUGUCACAGCAGAACAGCUCGCUGGCUUUGAUAAGUACAAGUACAGUGCCGUCGACACAAAUCCACUCUCAAUAUAUGUUAUGCACCCCUUCUGGAAUUCAGUAGUUAAGAUUUUGCCCACAUGGUUGGCUCCAAACCUCAUCACAUUUUUUGGAUUCAUGCUGCUCGUUUUUAACUUUGUUAUGUUGACUUUCUUUGAUUUUCAUUUCUAUGCCUCAGAAGCUGACAGAGAACAUGUUCCCAACUGUGUGUGGAUUCUAGCAGGUCUCUUCAGUUUUACAGCAUACACCUUAGAUGGUGUUGAUGGGAAGCAAGCUCGUCGGACCAACUCCAGUACUCCAUUGGGAGAAUUGUUUGAUCAUGGCCUGGAUAGCUGGGCCUGCAUAUUUUUUGUAGUAACAGUUUAUUCUAUCUUCGGCCGGGGAGAGACUGGUGUUAGUGUUUUAACACUCUACUUCAUCCUAUGGGUGGUACUUUUUUCAUUCAUCCUUUCCCACUGGGAAAAGUACAAUACAGGGAUUCUCUUCCUCCCUUGGGGAUAUGACAUUAGCCAAGUGACAAUUUCUCUUGUGUACAUAGUGACAGCCAUUGUUGGUGUGGAAGCUUGGCACGUACCAAUUCUCUUCAGCUUCAUGUACAGAGACCUCUUUACCAUAAUGAUUCUUGGUUUUGCAUUCACUGCAACUCUUCCAAUGAGUUUAUAUAAUGUAUUUAAGGCAUACAAGAGUAGUACCCUAAAACACAGCUCGUUUUAUGAGUCAGUACUUCCGUUUGUUUCCCCUACAUUGCUGUUCAUUUUGUCAACACUCUGGGUCUUCCUGUCACCAUCUGAAAUUCUUGAUCACCAGCCCAGGGUAUUCUACUUUAUGGUUGGCACAGCAUUUGCCAACAUUACAUGCAAACUUAUCGUCUGUCAAAUGAGCAACACUCGCUGUGAAGCCUUGAACUGGUUGUUGUUUCCUUUGCUUGUUGCUUUGAUUGCGGUAGUUUCUGGAUUAACAAAAUUAAGUGAGACUGUUCUACUUUUUGUCUUAACUGCAAUUGUUGCAGUGGCUCAUAUUCAUUAUGGAGUAUCAGUGGUAAGCCAGUUGAGUAAGCACUUUCACAUCUAUACUUUCUCUCUGAAGAAACCAAGUACAGAUUGACUAGAGGAGGAGAAAAUCGGCCUGCAGUCAGCACUAGUAGUGUAAAUAUGUAGCACUGGGAAUCCUGUUGACACUUCACCCAUCACCGAAAACUGUACUUGCUUCCCAAGACAUUAUUAAAAUGAAAGGUCCUAGUGCCACCGAUUGUAUUAAACUGGGACAAUUUGUGAAGCCUGGAAUCCCAGUGGCAAAACUGGAAGUGGGUAUAUUUAAUUUUUUUGUAAACAGCCAAGCUGAUGCGUGGUUUGGUCACUUUAUUUUGAGGAUGGCAGAAACCAGAUAGAAUCCUAUCCAUUUGAAUGUCCUUUUAUUUGGUUUUAAAUUAUGGAAAAAAACAAUAUUUGUACUACUUGAGUCAGGUUUGGAUGUGCAAGUAAAAUUUGUAUAGCAAAUAAGACUGUCCAUCCACAGUGAAAUUUUGAAUGUUUAGAAUGUAAGCACUGAACAAGGAUUAAUCCCACUUAGCAUUCACAGACUUCAUUUAAUUGAACAUGGAUGUAACACUUGGUUGUGACUCUGUAAACGAUCUGCUGUGCCAUCUGUAGACCAAGUUCAGAAAGAAUGAAUGCUUGCUUAAGUGCUGAUGGGUAUGCAGUUGUGGAUUCUUCUAACAGCUGUCUAAGAAUAGCUAUCCUUCACAGGUAUCCCAUUUCUAACAUCUGGGUUUGAGGUGUGCGAGCAACAAAAGGACUUUGGAACCUUCAGAACUGCAUUACUUUGAAACAGCUACGAAACCUUGGUAAAAAAUCGAUGCUAAAUAUUGGUGUAUGUGAACUGUUGCCACCAUAGUUUGAAAUCAAUUGCUGCAUACUGAUGGUCUUACCUUAGAUAACAGUAAUCUGGAAUUAUGAAUGACUUAAUUUUCUAUAUGCUGCUAAAGAACUUUUCAGUUUUAAAACUUAAGGGUGUUACUUGGGUUGUGACCCUGACUAACCCAUUUGUGUUUUUUAUGGAAUUCUUAGAUUUUAUUGCAAUGGUUAUGAAGAUUGUGCAUCUGUCCACUCAAGUCAUACAUAAUCUGCUGUUCCGUUUGUGAACUAUAGCAGUCUUCUGUCCUAAGUGGCAAUGAAAAGACACAAAGAAUCUUACAAGGGACCUUCUGAAAAAGGUUCACAUUUGGACUCAUUCCUGGCAUUCUUGUAUGGCUGUACAGCACUCAUCGGGUCCCACAAUCAGAGGAGUAUGCUUCCUUUGCCUAAUUUUUAUUAUCCCUUCAUCUGAAUUGAUUGGUCCCGCCCCCCCAGACACACACACUCUUCUUUGCUACCAGUCCUUCUUUGCAGACAUCAAAGAGCAGAUCUCUAAAACUCCUGAUCACUGUGCUGCACUCAAAUCUAGUGUUUUGGAGAUUACUUCUGUUUAGUUGAUGGGACACUUGCUGAUUUUAGUUGAGGCUUCCACAUUUUCUCAAAAUGUCAACUGUCUAAAUUUUGAGAGUAUGAUCAGUGCAUGGUAACAAAUGACUGAUUAGAGGUGGUCAUUCCAAUUCUGAGAACAGGACCUGUCCACUAAUCUUUUGUCUGGGUACCCUUGUUCCAUUUUUCAGGCCUCCACCUAUUCCUCAUUUAGAUGAUCGUAGGCCUCCUCCUGACACUUGGAAGAAAAACAUUUGCUUCCCAUUUCAGAAUCUUAGAGUGUUUCAUAAUCCAACAGACCUGUCAAGAGCCUUUUUUAUCCAAAAUGGAUAGACCUCAAGAGACUUUCUCCUGCACGAGCCUUUUUAUCCAAAAUGGUUAAACCUAGAGAGACUUUCUCCUGCAGUAAUUUACCCACUGUAUAUCUGUUUUUGGGGAGGCUUUGAAGACGAAGUGAACUGUAGUAUCUUUUUUUAUUCAUGCUUACCUUUCUCCAAUGAAAUUUUAUGAUUUUCAUUUAGAGCAGGUAGAUGUUCGGCUUGGAGAUUCCCCCCUCUUUGAUAACCAUAAAUAUUCUUACAGGUUUUUAUCUGUAAAUGCCCUAUAUACACAGAUAGUCUCCUCUUCAAUAUCUACAUGAAACACUGUACAAGUUCAGAUAUUUUAAUAUUGCAUAAUUUAAAUUUUCCCAUCCGUGGUAUAGUUCCACUGUACAUUUUCAAACUUACCGAUGUCUGUUUUUUUUUUUUUAUAAGGUUUCCAUAUUAUUCCAUACUCUAGUCUGGGUGUGAAGUAACUUGGGCCCUGGAGGGUCACCUUCCCAAAUUUGUAGUAAUACUAUUCUAUAUGACUAGACAAGGAGGAACUCGCUGUUCCUCCUUUUGCUGGGAAGUAGUCUGUGUUGGGGAGUGGAUCAAUCUACAGCUGAACUUUCUGAUGGCAAUUUACAUUCUAGAGUCUGAGGAAGUCAGAUAUUCUCAAAGAUGUACUGACAACUCACAGUGCAAGUUAUCAUCUUAUAAAAAAGUAAUGUACUUGUGAUUUUCUGUCAUGGGUGACCACGUUUGAUCUACUCACCAUAAAAAAACAGUGUUGCGCCCUUUAACAGGGCAUAGAGAAAUGGCUCUUGCCACAUUAUACUGGAAUUUGUUAGCAUAGUUAGCAUAUGCAUUCCCCACUUUCUGCCAUUUCCUUGCCUGCUAGUGGAUGACUUAGAUGAAUACAUCCAGGCGUGUUCGGAUUGCCUGUUGAUACUCUUGGAGCUUGGUUCCCUGACUUUAACACAUUUUUCAGUAUGCAGUCCUUUUGCAAGCUGAAGGAGCUUCUUUACCUCUGAACAAAUCAUCUUUGUCAUAUGACCUGGUUGCGCUACUUACAUUACUUAUUGCACUGAGCAUCUCACAUGCUUUGUUGGAAGUGACAGUGUCAGAAAGCUGACGGAAAGCUCUCUGCUGGGACUACUUAACAUAAAUUGAAAAAGAUCAUCUGUCUUGGCCACAACACUCAUUUAGACAUCUGUUUGAUUUAGAUUUCAAUUAUGCUGCCAUUAAGAUCCAUAAACUCUGUUCUUGCUCCCUUAUGUAACCUGACUUAUAGCAGAACCUUGGCUUAUUGCAGGCUGAUUAAGCAGUUACUAAAGGUGAUUCUUCAUUUUAAUCCUCCCUUCUGCUGAAAUUCUUCUGGUCCAGUAAAUCUCAUGUUAGUCAAGACAGCUUGUAUUUCUUGGUUUCUUUCUUGCUUAGUUGUAAACUUUGGACUCCUUUGUUUAAGGAACUUGUUCUUAGGACCAGCCCAUGAUUUUCCUCAUAAUUAUUUUUCAAAUUUGGCCCUUAAUCAGUUUGUUCAGUUCCCUUGAGGUACAGAAUAUGCAGUAAUGCAGUUUCCGUAUCCUGUGUUUACUGUCAGAUACAAUUUUGUCAUAAAGGGUCUGUGUGCCUAGAAGCAAGUAAAUCUUUAAGUGGUUAGUGCACGUUUUCUUCUGACGUCAACAUCAGCUGGUCAGUGAACCUUAUUGUUCAUUCCUGAUACUGCAUGUCUCAGAAAUGUGACUGUGGUUGCAUCUCUCUCAACUGUCCAGAUUUUUACAAAAUGUUGUGAUGUUUCCCUAAUAUUUUUUUUUUUUUUGUUCCUCA